UUUCACCACUCCAUUCUUUUUCUCUCCUGAUUUCCUUACUUAUCACCUUUCCAACCCAUCUUUUUAUUUUUACUUCCAGCACUGCAGUUCUGAUCUAACUCUGCCAGGACACAGAUCCAUAGGGUCAGCCCUGCAUCCUGAGCAGCUUAGAGGGAGGAGCCAGACCAGAAGUGCCUCACACCUUGUCCUCUUCUGCUCUGGACAGAUGGCUCCAUGACGACAACUUCAUAAUGGCAGUGGAUGGGACACUAGUGUACAUCAGGGUCGCUCUUCUGCUGCUCUGGCUUGGGGUGUUUUUGUCCAUUUCUGGCUACUGUCAGGCUAGGCCCUCCCAGCAUUUCACUUCCCCAGAAGUGGUGAUCCCCUUGAAGGUGAUCAGCAGGGGCAGAAGUGCAAAGGCUCCUGGAUGGCUCUCCUAUAGUCUGCGGCUUGGGGGAAAGAGACACGUUGUUCACAUGAAGGUCAAGAAGCUCUUGGUUUCUAGACACCUCCCAGUGUUCACCUACACAGAUGAGCAUGCCCUCCUGGAGGAUCAGCCCUUCAUCCCAGAUGACUGUUACUAUCAUGUUUACGUGGAGGGGGUCCCUGAGUCUCUGGCUGUGUUCAGUGCCUGUUUUGGGGGCUUUCGAGGGGUAUUACAAAUAAAUGGCCUCACUUAUGAAAUUGAACCCAUCAGGCACUCUGCCACAUUUGAACACCUGGUUUAUAAGAUAAACAGUAAUGAGACACAAUUCCCAGCUAUGAGAUGUGGCUUAACAGAGAAGGAAGUAGCACGCCAACAGUUGGGAUUUGAAGAGGCUGAAAACUCAGCUCUGGAACCAAAAUCUGCUGGUGACUGGUGGACCCAUGCAUGGUUUCUGGAGCUAGUUGUUGUGGUGAACCAUGAUUUCUUCAUUUACUCUCAAAGCAACAUCUCAAAGGUACAAGAGGAUGUAUUUCUUGUUGUCAGCAUAGUGGAUUCCAUGUAUCAGCAGUUAUGUACUUAUAUAAUGUUGAUUGGAAUUGAAAUUUGGAAUCAAGGAAAUAUUUUCCCAAUGACAAGCAUAGAACAGGUCCUGAACGAUUUCUCUCAAUGGAAGCUAAUCAGUCUUUCCCAAUUACAGCAUGAUGCUGCACAUAUGUUCAUAAAAAAUUCACUUAUAAGUAUACUUGGCCUAGUCUACAUUGCAGGGAUAUGUCGUCCACGUAUUGAUUGUGUAGUUGAUAAUUUUCAAGGAGAUACCUGGUCUCUUUUUGCUAACACUGUGGCCCAUGAGUUACGUCAUUCUUUGGGUAUGCAGCAUGAUGAAGAAUUCUGUUUUUGUGGGGAAAGAGGUUGUAUCAUGUGUACUUUUAGAGUGCCAGCAGAGAAAUUCACCAAUUGCAGUUAUGGUGAUUUUAUGAAGACCACCUUAAACCAGGGAUCAUGUCUGCAUAAUCCUUCAAGAUUGAGGGAAAUUUUUAUGCUAAAGCGCUGUGGGAAUGGUGUGGUUGAAAGAGAAGAGCAGUGUGACUGUGGAUCUGUACAGCAGUGUGAACAAGAUGCCUGUUGUCUGUUGAACUGCACUCUGCCUGGGGCUGCCUGUGCUUUCGGGCUUUGUUGCAAAGACUGCAAGUUCAUGCCAUCAGGGGAACUCUGUAGACAAGAGGUCAAUGAAUGUGACCUUCCAGAAAGGUGCAAUGGAAUAUCCUAUCAGUGUCCAGCAGAUAGAUAUGUGCAGGACCGUAUCCCCUGUAGUGAUAGUGCCUACUGCUAUCAAAAGAGAUGUAAUAACCACGACCAGCAUUGCAGGGAGGUUUUUGGUAAAGAUGCAAAAAGUGCAUCUCAGAAUUGCUAUAAAGAAAUCAACUCUCAGGGAAACCGUUUUGGUCACUGUGGUAUAAAUGGCGCAACAUACCUAAAAUGUCAUAUCUCUGAUGUCUUUUGUGGGAGAGUUCAAUGUGAGAAUGUGAGAGACAUUCCUCUUCUCCAAGAUCAUUUUACUUUGCAGCACACUUGUAUCAAUGGCAUCACCUGCUGGGGUAUUGACUAUCAUUUAAGGAUGAACAUACCUGACAUUGGUGAUGAAGAUGGUACUGUGUGUGGCCCAGGAAAGAUCUGCAUCCACAAGAAGUGUGUCAGUCUGUCUGUCUUGUCACACGUCUGCCUUCCUGAGACCUGCAAUAUGAAGGGGAUCUGCAAUAACCAACAUCACUGCCACUGUGGCUAUGGGUGGUCCCCUCCCUACUGCCUGCACAGAGGCUAUGGGGGUAGUGUUGACAGUGGCCCAGCAUCUGCAAAGAAAAGAGGAUUUUUGCCACUGAUUGUGAUUCCUUCUUUGUCUGUUUUGAUUUUCCUGUUUACUGUUGGGCUUCUUAUGUAUCUACGACAAAAGAAACUAAGUCCCAAAGAAACUAAGUCUCAUUCAUCAGGUUAA